AUGGUCAGAGCAGAGAGUGACGUCCACAUGGUCAGAGCAGAGAGUGACGUCCACAUGGUCAGAGCAGAGAGUGACGUCCACAUGGUCAGAGCAGAGAGUGACGUCCACAUGGUCAGAGCAGCGAGUGACGUCCACAUGGCCAGAGCAGAGAGUGACGUCCACAUGGUCAGAGCAGAGAGUGACAUCCACAUGGUCAGAGCAGAGAGUGACGUCCACAUGGUCAGAGCAGAGAGUGACGUCCACAUGGUCAGAGCAGAGAGUGACGUCCACAUGGUCAGAGCAGAGAGUGAGGUCCACAUGGUCAGAGCAGCUAGUGACGUCCACAUGGUCAGAGCAGAGAGUGACGUCCACAUGGUCAGAGCAGAGAGUGACGUCCACAUGGUCAGAGCAGAGAGUGACGUCCACAUGGUCAGAGCAGCGAGUGACGUCCACAUGGUCAGAGCAGAGAGUGAGGUGCACAUGGUCAGAGCAGAGAGUGACGUCCACAUGUUCAGAGCAGAGAGUGACGUCCACAUGGUCAGAGCAGAGAGUGACGUCCACAUGGUCAGAGCAGAGAGUGACGUCCACAUGGUCAGAGCAGAGAGUGACGUCCACAUGGUCAGAGCAGAGAGUCCACAUGGUCAGAGCAGCGAGUGA